ACAAGUAAUCUCAUAAUUAAAAAUAUCUUCAAAGCAUCAACAUGAAAGUGGAAAAGAAGUUGCAAGUGUUAAUUAUGUAUUGUUAUCUGUGCUUAUAUUCUACAGCGGGAGACCCAGUGUAUCCGCCUUUUGAAUUUCGAAGAGAUCCUCGAGAAAUGGGAGCGAAUAAAUUAUCGCUUCCAAAUUCAAAUUUUCCUCCGCGCGCGUAUCAUGUGCCUCAGCAACAGAUAAUUCACACUGGCGCGAUGCAAUCACAACCGGUGCCAACUGCAGAAAAAGUUGAAACGGAAAAUUCCAGUUUCUCAUUCAACGGUUUUCUCAACGCAAUGAAUGAAUUUUCUGGUUUAAAUGAAGGGGAAAAUCAAAAAUCGCGGGCGGCCAAUCAAGUCGACGAUGUAAAUAAGUAUAAACUUCCAUCCCCUAAUGGUUACCCGCGGCAAAAUUUCGAUUCCUGGACGCCAACGAUUCAUGAUUCAGCUUCGAUAUACACACCGCCUACACUGAUUCAACAUCAAUCAACAAGCAAAGCUUCGCCCAAAUUCAAUUUAUUAGAGCCGGUUACAACAAAGAUGUCAAGUAAAAUGAGUGGCCUAAUGGGGUUGGUACUCGCACUCCUCGGGUCCGGUUCAGAUAAUUUACUAAUGAAAGGGUUUAAAGAGGUACUUAUUGAUGGCAUAAUACGACCUCUGCUGGUCGCUAAGGGGGGGCUAAAAGUGUUGAUAAGUAAAUUAUCGAUUCCCUUGUUUUCGUUGGUAUUGAUAAACUUGGAAGUCUUGAUAACCGUGUGGUGGUUGUGGGACGACUGUCCGCAACCACAACCGAUGCCAUAUCAACCAGCUUAUCUACAACCAGUGACUGACAACUAUAGUUAUAACUCGACCUAUAAAUAGGUUAUUUUUAAAGUGGUAAAAAAAUAUAUUUAUUGAACCUUCUGAAGAAUGUUUACUUCCUAAUUAAUUUUUGGUAUAUAUGAACUUACGCAGUGAUUAGUAUAUAAUAAAUGUUGUAUUUUCUAAUAAAAAAUAUUUUUCUUAACGCACUUAUUCUUUAAUACACAUAAUAGUCUCUACUUGGACUAUUUUUUUAUGUUUAUUAAAGAAUAAUUAAGGAAAUACUAAAUGUAAGGUAAAAUAACUUUUCAAUUUAUCAUUUAUAACUAAUGGAUUUAAGCAAAAGUUGUUGUUUGUUUUCGUAUUAAAAUAUGUUAAAACA